UAAGCGUUCAGCAUCCUGCUGUUGUAAUAAACAGAUGUGUGAUAUAAAGCGGUUAAUGUCGCUUUUUAACAAGGGAUGAGCAUUGUCGGAUUCCACUUCCGUAUGCGGUUUAUCUCUAGCGUCCUUUGAUGGACCAGUGGUGUGGAGAGGCGGGGCUACAAUGGGACAGAACACCUCAGGAGAAGAGUCUGAGCCCACUGAGCAGGACGACGGGCUGAUCAAAAUCAAGUCCUUCGUCGAGGAUCAGCUUCAGACCAGCAUGAUGGUGGGGAUCGUGAUUGGCGCGGGAAUCGCCAUCGUCCUCAUCGCCAUCCUCAUCUUCUUCGUCCUGCGGAGGAUCCAGCUACGAAACCUCGAGGCGCAGGAGACCCCCAAGUACCGCUUCCGCAAGAGGGACAAGGUCAUGUUCUACGGGCGCAAGAUCAUGCGGAAGGUGUCCCAGUCUACCUCGUCCCUGGUGGGCAGCACCUCCUCCUCGCGGCCACGCCUCAAGAAGAAGCAGAAGAUGCUCAACAUUGCCAAAAAGAUCCUACGCUUUAAGAAGGAGGUGCCUACCCUGCAGAUGAAGGAGCCCCCGCCCUCCGUGCUGGAGGCCGACCUCACCGAGUUCGACGUGGCCAACUCCCACCUGCCCUCUGAGGUGCUCUACAUGCUGAAGAACGUGAGGGUCCUGGGCCACUUUGAGAAGCCGCUCUUCCUGGAGCUCUGUAAACACAUGGUGUUCCUGCAGUUCCAGCAGGGGGAGUAUGUCUUCCGCCCGGGACAGCCAGACAGCAGCAUCUACGUGGUGCAGGACGGCAAGCUCGAGCUGUGUCUUACAGGCCAGGAUGGCAAAGAUGGGGUGGUGAAGGAGGUGUACCCAGGAGACAGCGUACACAGCCUCCUCAGCAUCCUGGACGUCAUCACUGGCCACCAGAAGCCAUACCGGACAGUGUCGGCGCGGGCAGCCGAGGUGUCCACCGUGCUGCGUCUUCCAGUGGAGGCCUUUCUGUCCAUCUUUGAGAAAUACCCCGAGAGCCUGGUGCGGGUGGUGCAGAUCAUCAUGGUUCGUCUCCAGAGAGUAACCGUGCUGGCCUUACACAACUACCUGGGGCUGACCAAUGAGCUCUUCAGCCAUGAGAUGCAGCCCCUCCGCCUGCUGCCCCUGUCCCCCCACCCAUCCCGCACCAGCCCCGUCCGGCACAGCAAGCGCUUCGGCAGCAUGACGGUGACCGAGGAGCACCGCGAGGCUGCCGGCAAGGCGGAGACCGCAGGUGGAGAUCAGGGGAAGGACGGAAGCUCAGUGCCAACGCUCAGCCGUGCAAUCUCCAUGCCUGUGGACAUCGCAGGCAUCCAGAAGAGUCUGCGGUCGGACUUCGACAUGGCGUACGAGAGGGGCCGCAUCUCGGUGUCCGCGGAGGACGGCACCCCGACCCCGCCAACCUUCACACGGUCGGUGUCCCAGGACCAGAGGGAGAGGAAGUCCGUGACGGUGGAGGAGGUUCCGUCGGGGGUGUACCUGUACCCCGAGGAGGAGGGGGGUAUGGAUACCUUCUACGGGCCGCUGCCCGGGCGCCCCUGCGGCUCCCUCUUCGAGGAGGCGCAGAAGGAGAUCCUGAAGCUCAUGAGGAUUGAGGAUCCUGCUUUACUCAAUGGGAGGGUGACUCUUCACCAUGCCAAGGCUGGGGCAGUGCUGGCUCGACAGGGGGACCAGGACGUCAGUCUGCACUUUGUGCUGUCGGGCUGCCUGCACGUGUACCAGCGCAUGAUUGACAAGCAGGAGGCAGUGUGCCUGUUUGUGACCCAGCCGGGCGAGAUGGUGGGCCAGCUGGCCGUGCUGACGGGCGAGCCCCUCAUCUUCACCAUCAAGGCCGUGCGGGACUGCACCUUCCUCAAGAUCUCCAAGUCCGACUUCUACGAGAUCAUGCGAGAGCAGCCCAGCGUGGUGCUGAGCGCCGCCCACACCGUGGCGGUGCGCAUGUCCGCCUUCGUGCGGCAAAUGGACUUCGCCAUAGACUGGAUGGCCGUGGAGGCCGGGCGGGCGCUCUACAGGCAGGACGACCAGUCAGACUGCACCUACAUCGUCCUGAACGGCCGCCUGCGGUCGGUCAUCCGCAAGGCCAACGGGAAGAAGGAGCUGGUGGGGGAGUACGGGCGGGGUGACCUCAUCGGAGUGGUGGAGGCUCUGACCAGACAGCCUCGGGCUACCACUGUUCACGCGGUCAGGGACACAGAGCUGGUGAAGCUGCCCGAGGGAACGCUCAACAACAUCAAGAGGCGAUAUCCUCAGGUGGUGACCCGCCUGAUCCACUUGUUGGGCCAGAAGAUUCUGGGGAACCUUCAGCAGGCCCGUGGGCCCUUUUCAGGCUCCACCCUGGGCCUGUCCAAUGUGUCGUCCAGCCCGGACGUCACCAACCCAACCAGCAACCUCUCCACUGUGGCAGUGCUGCCGGUGUGUGACGAGGUGCCAAUCAAUGCCUUCAACCUGGAGCUCAGCCACGCCCUCAAUGCCAUAGGACCCACCCUGCUGCUGACCAGUGACAUCAUUCGGGAGAGACUGGGGGCCUCGGCCCUCGACAGUAUCCACGAGUACCGUCUGUCCGGCUGGCUGGCCCAGCAGGAGGACAUAAACCGCAUCGUUCUGUACCAGACGGACAGCAGCAUGACCCCCUGGACCCAGCGCUGCAUCCGCCAGGCAGACUGCAUCCUCAUCGUGGGGCUGGGGGACCAGGAGCCCACGCUGGGACAGCUGGAGCAGAUGCUGGAGAACACGGCGGUCCGGGCCCUGAAGCAGCUGAUUCUGCUCCACCGUGAGGACGGGCCGGGCCCCUCCAGAACCGUGGAGUGGCUCAACAUGCGCAGCUGGUGCUCCGGACACCUGCACCUCAAGUGCCCCCGAAGAGUGUUCUCCCGACGGAGCCCCACCAGGCUGCGGGAGGUGUAUGAGAAAGUUUUCGAGAAGACAGCAGACAGGCACAGUGACUUCUCUCGGCUGGCCCGAGUUCUGACGGGGAACAGCAUCGCCCUAGUACUGGGAGGAGGAGGCGCCAGGGGCUGCUCUCACGUGGGUGUGAUCAAGGCCAUGGAGGAGGCGGGGAUUCCCAUCGACAUCGUGGGCGGGACCUCCAUCGGCUCCUUCAUCGGGGCGCUGUACGCCGAGGAGCGCAGCGCCGUGCGCACCAAGCAGCGGGCCCGCGAGUGGUCCAAGGCCAUGAACUCCGUGUUCAAGACCGUCCUGGACCUGACCUAUCCCAUCACCUCCAUGUUCUCCGGCUCCGCCUUCAACACCAGCAUCUCCAAGGUGUUCCAGGACAAGCAGGCAGAGGACCUGUGGCUGCCCUACUUCAACGUGACCACUGACAUCACAGCCUCCGCAAUGCGUGUACACAAAGACGGCUCUCUGUGGCGCUAUGUGCGGGCGAGCAUGACCCUUUCGGGGUACCUGCCGCCCCUCUGCGACCCCAAAGACGGCAACUUGCUCAUGGACGGUGGCUACAUCAACAACCUGCCAGCGGACAUCGCCCGCAACAUGGGCGCCAAGACGGUCAUCGCCAUCGACGUGGGCAGCCAGGACGAGACCGACCUCUGCAACUACGGGGACAGCCUGUCCGGCUGGUGGUUGCUGUGGAAACGGAUCAACCCCUGGGCCGAGAAAGUCAAGGUCCCGGACAUGGCUGAGAUCCAGUCCCGUCUGGCCUAUGUGUCCUGCGUACGGCAGCUGGAGGUGGUCAAGAAAAGUGCCUACUGCGAGUACAUCCGCCCGCCCAUAGACCGCUUCAAGACCAUGGACUUUGGCAAGUUCGACGAGAUCUAUGAUGUGGGGUACCAGCACGGUAAGGUGCUGUUCACAGGGUGGGCCCGGGGGGAUAUCAUCGACAACAUGCUGAAGGACCACCGCUCCGCCGACUACAACGACAGCAAGAAGACCGAUACGUGCACGUGUCCCGGUGCGGACUUCACCGACCUGGCCGAAAUCGUGUCCCGGAUCGAGCCGGUCCAGAGCUACGUGUCCGCCGAGGCGGAGGAGUCGGACUGCCUGACGGAGUAUGAGGAAGACGGGAUGGAUACGGUGAGGGAGGAAGAGGGGGAGGAGGAAGAGGAAGAGGCGGAUGACCCAGAGGACCACUCCCCUGGAGAAUGGGGGCCCAAUGGUGUAUUCCAAACGGAUGAGGAGAAGUCCGUUCGCCAGCGGAAGAAAAACCCCAGCGAUUCCAACACCUGCUCCGAAAUCUCCGACUGCUGACCCGAGUAGGGGGCGCAGGCGGGCAGGCAGGGGGGUCAGGUAGAGCGACGAAGGGGAACAGGCAAAGAUGUGAGGGGCGUUGGUGUGCCCCAUCUUCAGAAGAACAGCACGCAGGCGAGGCUUGUGCACAGGGUUUCGAGAGGCGGAGAGAAACGGACAGCAAGGGGCACACCAAAGCCAGCGUUGGCAGCUUAACUGAACUGAAUCAUAUUGUUUUUGUUCUUGUUAAAACAGUGAGUCGUCAGCUCUCUGUUUUCUGAAUCCCAGAACCCAGGACUUCACCGGGUUUGUCACAAUGGAACAUGAGGGAGGGGGUACUUUGUCUCGGGAGAGUUUCACGUCAGAGAAGGGGGAGGCCUCACUGUUUUAGGAUUGCGUGACCUUGUGGACAGGGUCUGCCGCUCGCCCUUGUCCGUGAACCACCGAGACUAAGGGGAAUCGCCCAAUAACAUUGUUGUUGCUCUCCCAGCAAUGACCCUGUGCGUCCAUGAUGAAAACCCUCAGGUGGAGCUCCGGAUCCUUCUGUGGGACUGUAGACUAGACUAGAGGCCUGGUGCAGACGCAGCCAUCUGCAGCUCAUCCCACAGUCGCUCUCUCUGCCCUCUUUAACCUCAGAGAGACCCGGCCUCUGCCGGUCGCUGCUCUCUGACUUUGUUAAUGUUGGCUGAGGAGCCCGAGAGAAUAUGUGCACGGAGAGGACAUUCCCUGUCCGCUUGUGUCUUACGAGAGAAAGAAAGGGGAAGGAGAGAGAGAGAGGGUGGCGUGUGUCCCUCCCUCUGUCUGUCUGUCUGCCUGUCUGUCUGGACUGCCUUCAGUUCCUGCCUUUACUGCAGCUCAGCUUGCACUCUUAAGCAUUGGAGGAAAAAUUCCUUUGUGAUGACACUGGAACCUGGAAUCUGAACCCGCUGCAUCUCUUCACCGAAGCACGCGGACGUCUGUGACUCUCUCCGGCGAUCAGAAGACAUCUGUGACUUCCUCAGCUGAAUCUCACGGAUGUGUGAGACUCCCUCCAGUGCUCUCAGGCGUCUGUGACUCCUUCAGCUGAACCUCAUGGAUGUCUGUGACUCCCUCCAAUGCUCUCAGACGUCCGUGACUCCUUCCACUCCUCUUAGGCUGUCGGGCCCUUUUCUUUGGACUGGCAGUUGCUUGAAAAACUCACGUGGUCACAGUAACAUUUCAUCACAGGAAAGACAAGCCAGAAUCUCAUAUGUGGAAAUGUGUGCAUGACAGAAACAUGUACAUAAAUGCACCAUCUGAGAGGAACCACUUUAACCAACAGACUUAUGUAAAUGAAACACAAAAAUUUUAUCUAUUCAAACGAAACGGUCUGCUUUGCUGCUUUUCUGAACUCUGGCCUAAAAAAUGCGCAUUCUACUGAUUCCAUUCUCAUGUACAGAAUGGUUUGCCAAUUUAAACCUUUUCCCCUAAUUGUUCUACUGAUAGCUUUUCUUUUUAAACUUUUUUUUUUAUUUAACACUGAGGAAAAUCUAAAUGAGAGAUGUAUGGAUACAGAUAUAAUCUAAUGUAUAUAUUCUCUUUUUUUAGCAUUGCUUUAGCUGUUUUGCACUGGUACUGAUGUAGAAUUAUUCCAUGUUGGAGGGACCGAUGCAACUUUUAUUUUCGAUCCGUUUUAAAAUACCGAUGGAAUAGGAAUAUCUAAUGUA